CAUGGCCCCCAAACUGUCUCUAAUAAAUUCGAUCUCUUCCCCUCCUUUGCACUACCUAUCGACAUAUUUACUGCUAUGAUUUUUCAGCAUCUCUACCACAAGUCCACGAUAACAAGGCCUUCAGUAUGAAACCAUACUUAUUGGGUUGUUUCUGCUUGAUGGCUACAGGCCUUCGGGUCGAUCUGACAGUAGCGCCACUAAUCAUAGAAGGGGUGGUGGAUUCGGAUGGUAUUAAGAAGACCUUCAAUGGUACUAUUCAGGAAAUCGAUAUGCAAAUACGCAAUCUUAACCCCGACUUCUCAUGGGAACACUUCCAAUCUAUGACACGACGUCAGGAUAAACCACCGAGGAAGCGUAUAACGGAGAAGGUUUUAUGCCAUGUGCAGAAUCUACCACCCGCCUCGAGAGUUGCUAUAGAGAAAAGCCGCGACUGGUUGAACUCACUCGCUACAGGAUUAUCCGUUGAUGCCCAGCGUUGCACCAAAUUCUCCUGUAUGGAGAAUGCAGCAGUCUGGUUCUGUAAUGACAAUCUGUGGUGGAUCCAGCAAAAUAGUAUUACCCUCGCUGAUCAUAUUAAUGAUAUACUGGACGAGCCGGAUUGCGCGAUAUCGGGGAACGAUAACUUGAUUCAAGGUCAAGCAUUUGAUGGAGGUGAUUACAACAUCAUUGUUAAUGCCGACCAGUGCCCUUAGUCCAGAAUUAAAGGAUAGCCUCGUGUUUCUCGUGUGACUUUUAUUAUCCUCAUAAUGGUAGAUAGGGAGAUGGGGGAUUAUAACACAUUAUUACAGUCUGAAUCUUCAGUUUACCUAUUAACUCUGGUUUAUUCAAUAUGAUAUUCUUCCCUGGUUGGAAA